UUGCGUUCUGGUGGCCAGAGGAGGCGUGGAGAGCGGCAGAGAGAGGACGCAGCGGAGAGCCUGUCGGAGUGUUCAUGAUUACAGAGAUGCGGUUUUAGUUAGUUCUCCUCUGCUUGUUUCGGAUUGAUCUGCGGACUGAAAGAACUCGGACUUGUUGGUGUCACAAAGUAAACUUCAGUGGAUUAUUGCUCAUUGAAAAUAAAAUAAAAUAAAAUAAAAUAAAAUAAUGGCUUCAGGACGAUUACGCACAAAGACCCCGGGGACGGCAGCCCUUUUCGCCCGCUCGUCCCUCUGUCUCCUCGGCCUCUUGGUCACCUUCUCCCAUCCCGCCUGCGACGCGUUCAACCUGGACGUGGAGAGCCCCGCUGUUUAUAGCGGACCCGAGGGGAGCUACUUCGGAUAUGCCGUUGACUUUUAUUUGUCUGAUUCUGCCAGUGCAAGUGUGGUCGUUGGAGCUCCCAAAGCCAACACGAGGCAGGUCAACGUUACAGAGGGAGGUUCUGUCUUCUACUGUCCGUGGAGCCUCAAACAAUCAAACUGUCACGUCAUUGAGUUUGAUGCAGAAGGAGAUCGCCAUGUAGUGAUCAACACCACAUCGUACCAAAUUGACUUCAAGUCUCAUCAGUGGUUUGGUGCCACUGUGCGUUCUCAUGGUGACACAAUUCUGGCUUGCGCCCCACUGUACUCCUGGAGAACUGAAAAGGAUAUCCCCCGUUCUGAUGCUACAGGAACCUGCUACCUCUCAGUCCAGAAUUUUACCAAAUUUGUAGAAUAUGCUCCCUGUCGAACAGAGAUUAGUGAUGCAGAAGGACAAGGCUACUGUCAGGGGGGAUUCAGUGCUGACUUUACAAGGGAUGGCAAAGUGGUGCUGGGUGGGCCUGGCAGCUACUUCUGGCAAGAUAGGAUCGUAUUUUGGCUACGCACUGGCGACAACUGACAUCAACAAUGAUGGGAUGAUUGAUCUGCUGGUGGGUGCGCCAAUGCUAAUGGUUCGAGGUUCUGACAGUCGUCUGGAAGAGAUGGGCCGGGUCUACGUUUAUCUACAGCGUGGCCCUUUAAAGCUGGAGCUGAGUGCAACUCACCCCCGCCUGACAGGCACCCAGGUGUUUGGGAGAUUUGGCAGCACAAUUGCACCACUGGGAGACCUGAACCAGGAUGGUUUCAAUGAUGUGGCUAUAAGCUGUCCGUUCGGAGGAGAGGACCAACAGGGACUGGUCUACAUCUAUAACGGAUACUCUGAAGGUCUUAAGGAAAAGCCCUCUCAGGUGAUUGUGGGCCAGUGGGCUGCUGGGACUGUUCCCGCAAGCUUUGGGUUUGCCCUCCGAGGAGCUAAGGACCUGGACAUGAAUGGAUACCCAGAUCUGAUAGUUGGAGCAUUUGGUGUUAAUAAGGCAGUUCUUUACAGAUCCCGUCCCAUAGUCAACACCAGCGCCUCUCUGACAAUUUAUCCCACCAUGAUCAAUCCUGAGGAGAAGAACUGCAUGAUCACCAGUGAAAAUGCCAGCAUUCCUGUUUCCUGUGUCAACCUGAGUUUCUGCAUAUCUGCUGAUGGGAAACACCUACCAGCCAAUCUAGAUUUCCAGGUGGAGGUGCAGCUUGACAGUCACAAGCACAAGCAGAAAGGUGCAGUGAAGAGGGCUCUGUUCUCAGAUUCCCAGGAGGCUUUGCUGCGGAGAAGUGUUAGAGUGCGCCGCGGGGAGCGUCUGUGCGACCAGACAAAGAUCUACUUGAGAGAUGAGAAGGACUUCAGGGAUAAACUUUCCCCUAUUUUCGUGGCCUUCAACUUCAGCUUGGAUCCAAAAGCUGCUGCUGACACCCACGGCCUGCGGCCCAUCCUCAACUAUCAGACCACCGACGUCAUUGAGCAGAAGGCUCAGAUUCUGCUGGACUGCGGAGAGGACAACAUCUGCGUUCCUGACUUGAAGCUUGCAGUUUAUAGUGACAGAAAGGAAGUCUACCUCGGUGAUGACAACUCGGUGACCUUGACUUUCAAUGCCAGGAAUGAAGGAGAGGGAGGAGCUUAUGAGGCAGAGCUGCAUGUAGUGUUACCCCCUGAGUCUGACUACACCGGUAUUGCUCGUAACAAUGAGAGUUUAACCCAGCUCACCUGCAGCUAUGAGACCGAGAACCAGACCCGCUACCUCAGCUGUGAUCUGGGCAACCCAAUGAAGGCUGGUACCAACCUUUGGGCAGGUCUGCGUUUCACUGUGCCACGGCUAAAGGACACACACAAAACUGUCCAGUUUGAUGUUCAGAUACGCAGUAAAAACGAGAACAAUUCCAACAGUGAAGUUGUGUCCUACAAGCUGGAGGUGGUUGUUCAGGCUGAUGUCAUUCUUCAGGGUGUGUCUCGACCAGAUAAGGUUUUCUUUCCCCUGGCCAACUGGAAAGUGCCCAAAACGUAUGCAGUGGAACAGGAUGUGGGGCCUGCUGUGGAACACAUUUAUGAGCUUGUGAACAACGGCCCGAGUCAGAUCAGCAACACCGUACUGGAGUUGCGGUGCCCUCUGCGUUUACAGGACCACACUCUCCUUUACCCCCUGGAGUUCUYCACCGAAGGCUCCAUUAACUGCACUGCGGACAAAAACAUGAACCACCUGAACCUCAGGCUCCAGCGAAUGUCCACAGAGUCUCCCGUUCUGGCACUGAAGGCCCAUGAGCACCAUGUUGCGAGGAGGGAUAUCCACAAGAACCAGCUCUCCCAGCUGACUAACCUGUCCUGCUCUAAUGUGGAGUGCUGGAUGCUGCAGUGUAACGUGGGCCUGUUGGAGAAGGGAACAACUGCCAUCCUCAAAAUGCGCUCCCGCAUCUGGGCUAAGACCUUCACUGAGAAGGCUUACAAGCAGUAUGUGCUGGAGUGUCUGGCCAGAUACAGUGUGAAAAAGAUGCCCUAUGCAAUCCCACCGAAACAUUUUCCGACCGGACACAAAAAGGUGGUGACCCCGGUGGUGUGGAACAAGCCUGACAUUGAGAACUCAGUACCUCUGUGGAUCAUCAUCCUGGCCAUCCUGGCUGGUUUGCUGCUUCUGGCUCUCCUUAUUUACGUCCUCUACAGGCUUGGUUUCUUCAAGCGAUCCGUACCUUACGGCACUGCCAUGGAGAAAGCACAGCUCAAACCACAGGCUGCCUCUGAGGCCUAACCGGCCUCUAGAAUACCUAACCCACAAACCCCGCAAAUWUCUGGCCAUGUGAUUGCAAUGGAGGAACAUGAUGGAACGUGAUCAGAGAGCAGGUUGAGAGUUGUGUGAAAGAGAGACUACUAGAACUCCACUGUGCUGCACUAGAAGAAAACUAAAUCCCAAAAAAUUCCAAACCAAAUGAAUGUUUUUUUUCCCAGUUUGGGAUUGUUAUCAAGUUAAAUAUUUCUGCAUCUUUGAAGACUAAUUUCGGACUUUACAACAAACUGCACAGAUGACCACGAGCCCAUGCCAGCAGCAGCAUGUUGGAUUUACUUUGACAGAUUCUUGGGAUGGAAACCUCAGAAACACUCAUUUAACUGCCUUUUAUUGGUGCUAAUAAUCAGAUGCGUUUGCUGCCGUUGAUAGUAAUCGGCCGUGUGUUGCUUGUUGCCUCUGGGAGCUGUGAAUCCUGCUGCUUGAUGAGGUCUGAGAAGUCUCAGAUGCUUUCUGAGCACACAAUAUUAGUUUACCAUUUCAGGCUAAGCGUUAGCUGCGACGGGCAACAAUGUAUCCAAAGUUUAAUCGUUAAAAACUGUUUAAUAGCUUAAAUCCAUCCUUUUCUUUUUGUAAGUUAGACCCCCAAGUACAUGCUGGGAUAAAAUCUGCCCCCCGGCACCUCCAAACACAAAACGCGGGUAUAUAUAAAAAAAAUGCGUAGCUGGAUGUUUCUCAGCUGUUGAUGAAAAUGAUCACUUUCUGCCUCAGGAUGGUGGACUGUGUGUUUUGCACUCAAAGGAAAUCUACUGAUAUUUUUCCUAUAAGACACCAAAGACUGACUGAGCUUCCUUUGAGUUCUGACUCUGACUCCUACUGAAGACUUUGAAGUCCUGUACGCUUGUUCUCAGCUUCCAGGUUGUGUCUUUGACUGGGAUGGGACUGGAACCACCGCAGACCUGUGAAACCUCGUGAAAGGCCUGAAGCGGCGUUCUCAAACAUGUCUUUACUCCUGAUUACUUUGGGCUCAUUUAGAAUAAAGACCACUUGCAAGCAAGAGAUACUUAGGGAGAAAGCAUCAAUUUUGACGGCCAUGGUUUGACAACAUCCUUGACAAAAGCAGGACAAUCAGCAGUGAUGUAGCCUUGACAGGAGGCUGAAGAUGGAUAGAUCCCUCUUUUCAGCUUACAGCGUGUUGCUGWAUGAGAUACUGUAUUUUAAUAUGCUUUAUGGGUAAAAUGAAUGAGAAACAGGUGUCAUCCAAAACCAAAAGGCUACAGGGACUGAACAAUAUAAUGUUUUGUUUUAAUUUACUGUGUACAUAGGGUUUUUUAUGUGCCUUAAAUGUAAAUACUAUUGUCUGUGGGUUAGAUUCUGGGUUGGGUGAGUGUGAAACUUUGAGUGUACAUGUAUUUGUGUGAAUGUUAUAU